AUGGGGAACUGGCUGACGGCGGCGGCGCGGCCGGCGCCGCCGGCACCGCAGCGGCACCUGGUUGGGGGGCCGAAAACAUUUUACCUCAUCUCCGGUGGGCCAACUAUCCGCUACACUGGCCAACCGCCCAUCACCGGCCCGCUCAUCUUCAACGUUGACACCGAUCAGCUGGACGACGGUGAGGCGAUUGACCGCGCCGAGACGAUUCAGCUGCCAGUGGCCGUUCCGUCACGGCAGUCGUUUCGGCUGACGCAGUUCGACCCGAAGAAUAGGGAGUCCGGGUUUCUGCUCUCGUUUUCGAUUGCCAUGUCGGAGCCGGGGCAGACGCUUCGGGUGCUUGCUGGCGUGGACGUUGACUACCGCGUGGGGGAAGGGGUGCAGCUGAUGCAGUCGGAGCGAAGCCAGAACCCGUUUUGUUUGUUUGAGUUCGUCUCACCGGAGGAGUUCCAUGAGAAGAUUGAGGUUUGCGAGCCUCUGCACAUUGAGCGGCUGAAGAAGGCCACUUUUAGAUUUGCGGAGAACCGGGUGAGGUGCCUGACGUACGCCCCGAUUGCUAUUGAGCUUUUGUACGAGGCACCCGCGGAGGAGGUUGCCCUAAACACGCAAAGCUUUGCCGGCGCGGCCAACGCCGUCCCCGUCUCCGCCUCAAGGCGGGAGUUUGGGGCCGGCGGAAACCACGGCGGUGCCAAGGCCGCCGGCGCGAGGUCCCCGCCGACGGUGCGAAUAGUGCAGUACACCUUCCUCGACAUUCCCGACGGGGCACGGGGGCGUGCCUCGCUGCCACACGGCGAAUCGCCAGGUGAGGCGCCGCGGCCGGUCUAUGAGGCAAAGAUGGUGCGGCAGCUGCUGCAGCACGGCACGCAGGUGUACGAGCUGGACGACGUCUACGACCUUGGCGGCGACUACGACGUUAUUGACAGCAACGACGAGGAGGAGGAGUCGGCGGAUGUCUGCGUCAUUUGCCUGAUGAAUGCCCGAAACACAACAAUCUUGCCGUGUCGCCACAUGUGCCUCUGUUACGAGUGCGCCAGCGUGUUGCGAUUUCAGCAGAACAACCGCUGCCCUGUUUGCCGCGGCAAUAUUGAGCGUGUCAUGACAAUUUGA